UAUGAAGACAUGCUGGUGGAUGAAGUGGCCCCCGACCGGUACUACUGGGCCCCUCUGGCUCAGCACGAGCGGGGUAGCUUGGCUAGUCUGGACAGCCUGCGGAAGGGAGGUCCGGCCCCAGGUAACUGGCGCCAGCCAGAGCUGCCGGAGGUAAUAGCCAUGCUGAGCUUCCGGCUGGAUGCUGUCAAGUCCAACGCGGCCGCCUACCUGCAGCACCUCUGCUACCGUAAUGACAAGGUGAAGACGGAGGUGCGCAAGCUGAAGGGAAAAAAGCUAGACCACCCCAAGAAAGAGGUGCACUAUGGUGCCUGUGGAGCCCUAAAGAACAUCUCCUUUGGCAAGGACCAAGACAAUAAGAUUGCCAUCAAGAACUGCGAUGGGGUACCUGCUCUGGUGCGCCUGUUGCGGAAGGCCCAUGACAUGGACCUCACAGAGGUCAUCACAGGAACACUGUGGAACCUGUCAUCACACGACUCCAUCAAGAUGGCCAUUGUGGAUCAUGCCCUACAUGCUCUGACCAACGAGGUUGUUAUUCCCCGCUCAGGCUGGGAGCGAGAACCCAACGAGGACUCGAAACCCCGCCACAUCGAGUGGGAGUCAGUGCUCACCAACACUGCUGGCUGCCUUAGGAACGUGAGCUCAGAGAGGAGCGAGGCCCGUCGGAAGCUGCGGGAAUGCGACGGGCUGGUGGAUGCUCUGAUCUACAUUGUCCAGUCUGAGAUUGGCCAGAAGGACUCUGACAGCAAGCUGGUGGAGAACUGUGUGUGCCUGCUCAGAAAUUUGUCCUACCAAGUCCACCGUGAGAUCCCCCAUGCCGAGCGCUACCAGGAGACACCUCUGGCCCCUGCCAACAGCACCGGGCCCCAUGCUGCAAGCUGCUUUGGUGCCAAGAAGGGCAAAGGUAAAAAGCUCCCAGAAGACCCUGGUGCCGAUACAGUGGAUUUUCCCAAAAGAACAACUCCAGCCAAAGGCUAUGAGCUCCUCUUCCAGCCAGAAGUUGUCCGGAUAUACAUCUCCCUUCUAAAGGAGAGCAAGACUCCAGCCAUCCUAGAAGCUUCAGCAUGAGCCAUUCAGAACCUGUGUUCUGGGAGCUGGACGUAUGGCCGGUACAUCCGCUCGGCGCUGCGCCAGGAGAAGGGACUCUCUGCCAUUGCUGACCUCCUGACCCAUGACAGCGAGCGAGUGGUGAAAGCAGCAUCUGGAGCUCUGCGCAACCUGGCUGUCGACUUGCGUAACAAAGAGCUGAUAGGUAAACAUGCCAUCCCCAACCUAGUGAAGAACCUGCCUGGAGGCCAGCAGACCCCAGCCAAAAACCUCUCUGAGGACACAGUGGUGUCAAUCCUCAACACCAUCAAUGAAGUAAUUGUGGACAACCUUGAGGCUGCCAAGAAGCUGCGGGAAACACAGGGGAUUGAGAAGUUGGUGCUGAUCAACAAAUCUGGGAACCGCUCAGAGAGAGAAGUCCGAGCAGCUGCCCUCGUCUUGCAGACAGUCUGGGGGUAUAAAGAGCUGCGGAAGCCCCUUGAGAAGGAAGGCUGGAAGAAGUCAGAUUUUCAGGUGAACCUGAGCAAUGCCUCUCGGACCCAGGGAGGCAACUCGUUUGAUGACAGCACCUUGCCUCUCAUUGACAGGAACCAAAAAACAGACAAGAAAUCUUCCCGGGAGGAGAUCCAGAUGAGCAACAUGGGACCAGACAACUAUUCCACACUUAAUGAGAGGGACCACAGCAGAACACUGGACCGAACUGGUGACCUUGGAGAUACGGAGCCGGUGAAGGCAGUGCCAUUGAUGCAGAAGAUCUAGCUGAUGUCCCUGCCUCCACUCAGCUUGGGUUGAUAAUAUAUUAUAUAUAUAAAUAUAUAUAACUCUUCAUGGUGGAAUGGACCGACUUUUACCUUGUCUUAUUUCUGGAUUUUUUGCUGGACUGUUUGUGCCAACUAGCCAGCCAAAUGACUGGGUCUGAUCCCCCAGGGGCAGCCUGGGCCACUCUGCCUCCUCUAGACCACUGCACCUCCCUGUUCUGGGACACCUCGACUGAUAACUCUUCUUCCCUGUCUUCUACCACCUCCUUCCUCCAAAGAGUAAAACCCUCCUGCCUGACUCUGCUGGAUUGACUGGCCUGGAUGCUGCAAAAGGAAUCCGUAUCUCUGCCUUGACCAGGAACUGCCUUCUCUCCCAUGCCUUCCGUCUGCUCAGAGAUGUCUGCAGGGACAGAGACUGAGACCUCACUUGACACAUUUUUGUU